AUCUUUGCCCCCAAAUGAAAUUAAAAAAACGCUGAAAAACAAACGGGAAAACACUUGGAUACUAAAACCAUUUUUUUUUGGAAGCCAUGAAAAGGGUUUUGUUCAGAGGCAUUUCACUCACCACUCGCAAUUUCUUCACUCUUAUUCCAAACCCAGUUCACUCGUUCACCCCACUCGCCGCUUCAACUCGGUCUCGACUCAGGUUCUACACAUACGAAUCGGAUUCUCCCGUUGAAGAAGCCUGACCCUGUUAUAGAAUCUGCUUCAGUAGCUGAAGCCCAUGUCAAGGAUGUAGCUUUGCCCAUGGCAAUUUGUUUCUUGUGUUUUUGUUUAGAUGAUGAGAAAGGAAAGUCAAGAUGAAUGAGCAAGUUUGAUUUUAUUUGAUUGGUUUGUUAUGUUCAGAGCUGAAAACCCGAAUCAAGAAAGUUGGCUGGGAAAGGGGAUGAAGAGGCACUCCCUUCAGUUCUUGAGGCCAUUUUGCGGAGAAAGUUGGCUGGGAAGCAUGAGGAGACGGAUGAUGAAUUGAUGGAUGAACUGAGUGUCCCUAAACCUCCUUUCUGUAUUUUUUUUAAUAUUUCCUGUAAAGCCAACUGCACUCUCUCAUUUCAUCUCUCAACGAUGCGUCUCAUAACACAAUCCCAAAUCUUAAAAUGCUUAUGCCAGGAAGCCGUCAUCCAUCGGAAAUUCCCAUUUGAUUUCCCGAAAUCCCAUUUUCUCUCCACCUCUAAUCCUGCUGCCCCUCAAUACCAUCCCAGCAAUCACAUAUUUCAUUUUCUGGGUGCCAGUAAAAACCCUAUUUUUCUUCAUUCACUUGCUAAUUCUGAUGAAAGCACUGGCUUUCACCAAAAAUCAUACGAGGCAUAUUCGUUGAAACUCCAGAACGUUUUAAAAAACCAUAGAAAUAGCAAAACAGAAGAGAUUGAGCUAGCUCUUGAUCAAUGCAAGGUUACAAUAUCUGAUGGUUUGGUCUUGGAGUUGGUUAGGCGAAACCGUUUUGAUUGGAAACUGGCUUAUGUUUUCUUCCAAUGGGUGUCUAAAACAAGUGGAAAGUCACUUGGUUUUGAUGUUUGCAAUGAAAUUCUUGACAUUCUUGGAAGAAUGCAUCGGUUUGAAGAGUUAACUAAGGUGUUUGAUAAAAUGUCUGAAAGAGGACUUAUUGAUGAAAGGACUUUUAGGAUUUUGGUUAAUAGGUAUGCUGCUGCACAUAUGGUGGAUGAUGCGAUUGGGGUUUUUCAUAGGAGGAAAGAAUUCCAAUUCAAGGAUGAUUUGGUUGCAUUUCAAGUUCUUUUAAUGUGUUUAUGUCGGUAUAAGCACGUGGAAACUGCAGAAACUUUAUAUCAAUUGAAGAGGAGAGAGUUUGGCUAUGAUUUAAAGACAAUGAAUAUUGUUCUCAAUGGAUGGUGCGUGCUGGGGAAUGUACAUGAGGCUAAAAGGUUUUGGAAGGACAUAAUUGAGUCAAAAUACAAACCAGAUCUGUUUACUUACGGAACAUUUAUAAAUGCAUUGACGAAGAAGGGAAAGUUAGGUACUGCGAUGAAGUUGUUUCGAGGAAUGUGGGAGAAGGGGUGUAAUCCUGAUGUGGUAAUUUGUAAUUGUGUCAUCGAUGCGCUGUGCUUCAAGAAGAGGAUUCCCGAGGCUUUGGAAGUGUUAAGGGAGAUGAAGGAACGUGGUUGUGCCCCAAAUGUUGCAACAUACAACUCGCUUAUCAAGCACCUAGGAAAGAUUGGGAGGAUGGAGAAGGUUUAUGAGAUCUUGGAUGAGAUGGAGGAGAAGGAAGGGUGUUCACCGAAUAAUGUAACUUUCAACUACUUGCUCAAGUUUUCCGAGAAACCGGAGGAAGUUCCUGGUGUUUUGGAAAGGAUGGAGAGAAAUGGUUGCAAUAUGUGUUGUGAUACAUACAAUUUGAUCUUGAGGUUGUAUAUGAAGUGGGAUCAUGAAGAGAAAGUUAGACAAAUGUGGGAUGAGAUCGGAAAAAGCGGAUUGGGACCAGACCGGCGAUCUUACACAAUAAUGAUUCACUGGCUGUAUGAUAAGGGAAGGGUUGAAGAUGCUUUGAGCUAUUUUAAUGAGAUGACAUCUAAAGGAAUAGUGCCAGAACCUAGGACCGAGAUUUUGGUGAAUUCCAUGAGGAACAAGUUGAAAGGGCAAGAAGGAGAAAAACAAAAGAAAGAUCUAGGGAUAAAUGGCAAAUCACCGAGGCUUAGGUCUAAAAGGUUUAAAAAGACCAAAGCUAGGUAAUGCUUCCUCUAAAAUUAUACCAUAGUUUUAGUUCUGUGCCAAUCACCGAGUCUGGUUAUCAUUCAUUAAUUUUGGUUGUAGUUAGUCGGAUGUGUUCCUUAUAAUUCUAAUUUUGAUUUCACUUA